AUGCCCACUCUCCACGCAUGCGGCUCCAACGGCGGCGGCCAGCUCGGAAUCGGCCAUGUCGACGAUGUUGCGACAUUUACGCCCUGCGUCUUCGACCCCUCAUGUCCACCAUUUGAGCGGGUGGUGGACCUCGUGUCCGCCGCAUCGCACGCUCUUGUCCUCGUGUCCGCCGACGGUCACAAUCACCUCCUUGGCGCAGGCACAAACUCGCACGGGCAGCUGGGUAAAGUCUGCGUGCUGACUGAGUGCGCGAGCCCUGCCACAAGUUUUCGCCCUCUCUCCAUUGCGGUCGAUGCUGGUUUCGACGGCUGGGAGCCAGUGAAGCUCGCCGCAACUUGGACGACGAGCUUCGUUGCCUUACAGUCUCCAGACGGCAGCUCUGUUCGGACACAAGUGAUCGUCGCUGCAGGUUCCGACGACUUUGGCGAGCUCGGCGGCGGCAUCAUUCGUCUCAAGGAAGGUGAGCGCGUCGAGCACCUCGGCGGCGGACAGCGGCACGUACUGGCCGUUCUCGUCUCUGGGAGUGGGGACGGACGCAAGCAGCGUGUCAUCGGCUGGGGUUCUGCACGGCGCGGUGAGCUCGACCCCAGCCCGCAACCUGACAAGGGCAAGAGCAAGGCCCGAAUGCGUUUCCUGGCCCCAACGGAGCUUACACUCGACCUUCCCGCUCCCAUCAUUGACAUCUCCCUCGGCGCUUCACACACUCUUCUCCUACUUGCAGAUGGCCGUGUGCUCGCGUGGGGCAACAAUAUGAAGGGCCAGAUUACGGACCUUGGCGACAUGACCGGCGUGCGCGCCAUCGGAGCGACAUGGAACGGGAGCUACAUCUUAGACGACCAGUUCUGGUCGCAAGGAUCGAACACCCAUGGGCAGCUGCUGCGUUCCGACUCUGGCAAAACACGUGCGCCACGCGCGACAGUUACUGCAGGGGGGGAGGGGAUCGAGGCCUUUGCCGCCGGGAGCGAGCACAUUCUCGCCCUGGUGCGGGCCGGUCCACGCACGGACCUCUGGGCCGGCGGGUGGAAUGAACACGGAAACCUUGGCCUCGGGAACAAGACUGACAGCGCCCAGCUCGUUAACACCAGUAUUCACGCGUCACGCGUAUGGGCGGGGUGCGCUGCCAGCUGGGCGCUGGUUGAGUAG